AGCUAUUUUGCCCUCUAGGGACGGACCAGGCACCUAUAUAACAUUUCUUUCAGACGGAUGAUUCCUAAACAGGAAGCAGUCAAGAAGCCCUUUGAGUUGUUUGCAGCUCUGAUGUGGUGCAGCCACAACAGCCUCAAUCGAAAACCGCUGGACAGGAGCCGAUAGCAGUUUACACAUCCAAAUAUGCGCGUAAUUGGAGCGCACUGGCGAGGCGUCCCUGGCACCCCUACUGGGAUAACGUUGUCGUGAUGUUCAAUACUUCCGGGAUUGACUUCACUUUUAACAAGAAAGAGGACAUUUCCGAAGUUACCAAUGGCAGCCUGCAGCUUCUCUACAACGUCCCCGUCACCAUUAGUCCCACAGCCAUGUGGAACGAGUCGUGCGGGGAGCAGCUGUUGGAUUUCGGGCGCCCGGAGAAGAUCAUCAUCGGGGUGAUGCUGGCGAUCAUCACGGCGGUCACCGUGAUGGGAAACACGCUGGUGGUGAUCGCGGUGUGCGUGGUGAAGAAACUAAGGCAGCCUUCGAACUACCUUCUGGUGUCCCUAGCAGUGGCGGACCUGUCGGUGGCCAUAGUUGUGAUGCCGUUUGUGAUAGUGACAGACCUCACCGGGGGCAAGUGGCUUUUUGGGGAGGUCUUCUGCAACAUCUUCAUCGGCAUGGAUGUAAUGUGCUGCACUGCCUCCAUCAUGACCCUGUGUGUGAUCAGCGUGGAUAGGUAUCUAGGGAUCACACGGCCUCUCACCUACCCAGCCCGGCAGAACGGUCAGCUGAUGGCAAAGAUGAUCUUGGGAGUGUGGCUGGUGUCAGCAUCCAUCACCCUGCCACCGUUCUGCGGCUGGGCCAAAAAUGUCCACACAGCCGGCGUGUGCCUCAUUAGCCAAGACUUUGGCUACACCAUCUACUCCACAGCUGUAGCCUUUUACAUCCCUAUGCUGGUCAUGCUGGUCAUGUACUACAAGAUCUUUAGGGCUGCUCGCAAGAGCGGCGCCAAGCACCGCUUCACCAACCUUUCGCGGCGCGAACGCCUUGAUACCGUGACUAAUGAGGCGCUGCGCAUGCAGGGCUUGAAGCCGCCUGGUGUGGUGGAGGAGUGUGCCGCCUUGUCUCGCCUGCUGCACCGUGAGCGCAGAAACAUCUCCAUCUUCAAGCGGGAGCAGAAAGCAGCCACAACACUGGGGGUUAUCGUGGGGGUCUUUGCUGUGUGCUGGCUGCCAUUCUUCAUACUGUCCACUGCCAGGCCCUUUAUCUGUGGAGUGGAGUGUAGCUGUGUUCCCAUCUGGCUGGAGCGCACGCUGCUCUGGUUAGGCUACGCCAACUCCCUAAUGAACCCCUUCAUCUAUGCCUUCUUCAACCGAGACCUGCGCUCCACUUAUCGUGACCUUCUCCGCUGUCGUUAUCGCAACAUCAACCGUCGACUGUCCGCUGUGGGCGUGCAUGAGGCUCUCAAGGUGUAAUACCUUGAGUUUAAAAAGUGGGGCACGGUGGCCCUGUGCUUGUACACUUGGUUCUUAAAGGGCGACGUGUACACAACAGGCCUGUAGAUAAAACACAGACUGACAGAAUGGGAGUCAAUGUUGGUGGCUCUCUGGCCCAUCCGCAAAGGCAGAGAGACAGCACGAUCGCUCCAGCGUGUGUGACUCAGCCUUUCUAUUUUGGGGGAGAAAAUCAUAGAAGGUAUUUGAUGAGCUAUACAAGCUGACACUACUUUUGUGCAUAUGUCAUAAGAAAUGACAUGUAAACACAAUCAAUCAUCCUAGAGCUUUCAAAGAGAACAGAAAGAAAUCUUUGUACAAUAACAAAAUUGAUGUUUGAUAAAGAAAAGCAUGUUUUGUGCACAAUGUCUUCUGAGCAUCUUCAUCAAAGCAUCUAAGGAAAUCCCAGUUUAAUUUCAAAUAGGAGGUAAAGACUUUGAGGUGUAUUGUGCUUUGAGCCAGGAUUAAAUAUUAUCUAUAUCAUUUUAUUUAUAGUCAUAGCUUUCAUUUUGGUCUUCUCACUAAAUUUAACGUUAGCACCUUUAAUGUUUCAAAAAUGUUUAAAAUGUGGUGGUGCCAAAUGAACAUAGGUGGAUGGAAAAUUUUGGUUAAUAUGCAACAUGUAGGGAACAUUUUCCUUUAAUGAAAUGUCAGCGUUUGUUAAUAUAAAAAGAAACUGAAAGAAGUUUGUUUAGUGUCUGCAUGAAACAUAUUUGUCUUACAUGCCACUGUAUACAUAAAUCAUAAGAGAUUUUGAAUAGUGAAUGAAGGUUUGGCAGAAAUGUUUCCAUGUUUCACCCAAAUACUUUAUCGCACACUUGAAUUCAGUAUGAACUCAAUAGUGUAUGUGUCAGAAACCAUGAUACUGUGGACUUUUUUCACUCUUGUUAUUUUGUCUUGAUCGAAUUCAUUCCGCAUUUGGCUGCUGACCCUCUUGGUUGACACGGGAAACUAAAUCUGUUGAACUCUGCAGUUUCAUUUUAAGAAUUUACAUGUUCCUCAGACUCUUUUGCUCCACUGGUUGUCAACAGCGUUUCUAUUUCCCUUUUACAUCGGAAUGUGGUCACUUCACUCCUGGCUACAUAUCCAAGAACCUGUAAGAACCUGUGUCAAAUGUCAACAGUUGAGCAGUGUUUGCUUUUUCUACCUCGAUUUUUUGAGAAUACUGUACAUUUUCUCCAAACAGAUGUACCACUGUUUUGCAUCAUUUUGUAAUUAACUGCUAUUUUAUAUUGUGUAGGAUCGAUCUGUCUACAAUUCCUCUGUGUUUGCUUUGUUUUACCACUUUGCCAUUACCUUCAGAAACAAGCUGGGGAAGUGGCAAAGCAUUUCACACUUUGU